AGGACGCUGGAGGAAGUUGGCGCCACCGGGAAGGCUCGUCUUCGUCUGAACCUGACAAGAAGUUGCUUUUCACUUAAAUUUUCGGACGUUAGCGAGGCUCAGCGAUGCUCUCCGCCGCUCUGCUGCUGCUGCUGUGCGCGCUGGCCGCCUCUCCGCUGGGCUGCCGGGCUCAGUACGCUCCUGAUGAGGUCACCCACCUGCCCGGCAUGAAGUUUAAACCCAACUACCGGCAGUGGUCCGGAUACCUGCAGGCAGGACCGGGGAAGUUCCUGCACUACUGGUUCGUGACUUCUCAGAGGGACCCGGUCAACGAUCCUCUGGUGCUGUGGCUGAAUGGAGGCCCAGGCUGCAGCUCCCUGGAUGGCUUCCUGUCAGAGAACGGACCGUUUCAUGUGAACGAUGACGGGGCCACGCUGUACGAGAACGCGUUCAGCUGGAACAAGAUCGCCAACAUGCUGUAUGUUGAAUCCCCCGCCGGAGUGGGAUACUCCUACUCCGAUGACCAGAAGUACGCGACGGACGAUGACCAGGUCGCUGAUGAUAAUUACAAAGCCCUGCAGAGCUUCUUUGCCAAGUUCCCAAACUUCACUAAGAAUGAGUUCUUCAUCUUUGGGGAGAGUUACGGUGGGAUUUAUGCGCCGACGCUCAGCCUGCGAGUGGCCACAGGAAGCGCCAAAAUCAACUUCAAGGGCUUUGCGGUGGGAAAUGGUCUCAGCAGCUUCGCUCUCAACGACCAGUCUUUGAUCCACUUUGGUUACUAUCACGGCCUCUUUGGAGAAGACUUGUGGCGCGACCUGAACAUCAACUGCUGUAACGACGGGAUCUGUAACUUUUACAACUCCAGUUCAGAGACCUGCAGGAUAAUGGUAAACAAGGCCUUUAGCAUCGUGUACAACAGCGGACUCAAUGAGUACGCCCUUUACUUGGACUGCGAAGGCAGCGGAAGAAGCUACGAGAGGACCAUGAGUCAUCUGUUUAAGCACUCCAGGAGACUCGACCUCAAGUUUUCAGAUGGAGCGUCUCCCUCGGUGUCUCUGGAAGAAGUCCCUCCCUGCAUCAACAGCACGGCUCAGAUGAACUGGCUGAACAGAGGCGACGUGAGGAAGGCUCUGCACAUUGCUGAUAUACUGCCACCUUGGGACAUCUGCAGGUACAUUACAGCAAAUAAUGAAGCAGUUAGAUGAUUAUGGUUGAAGGAUGUGUAUCUGAAGCUGCUCUCUCUGGGCCUGCGAGCGCUCGUCUACAACGGAGACACCGACAUGGCCUGCAACUUCCUGGGAGACCGGUGGUUUGUGGAGGACCUCGGCAUAAAGGCGACCACUAAGUACCAAGCCUGGAUUAAUGACGACCAGAUCGCUGGUUUCUAUCAACAGUUUGGAAACAUCACUUUCCUGACCGUUAAGGGCGCCGGUCACAUGGUUCCUCAGUGGGCUCCCAGUCCAGCUCUCCACAUGUUCCAGUCCUUCAUAACAAACGGGCCCUACUGAGCACAAAUGGAGACUCUAUAACACACCUGCACUCAUUACUUGUUAGAUGGUACAUUUCACUCAGGGAAAGUCAGUGAAGAGGGGAAAAAAAAAAACUGCUGGGACAUUUAAUUGUAUUUGUAGGAUUCAUUUUCCAUUUUAGUGUGUUGACUUUUUGGAUGCUGACAUAUUUGGUGUUUCUGCAUCUUCAUCGCGUGAACACUGCAGCUACUGUAUCAUACAUUGUCCCUGUGUUUUAAUAAAGGCUGUCAGGGCUGAACUAAGGAGGACAGACCCCAUGAGGCGUGAUCUAAAAGGGAAAUAAUACAAGCACAAACAAAAUAAGACACAAACCAGGAGAGAGGGGAACUGACUGACCGCCUCAGAUGAGCCCAACUCUCAGACAAAUCACUAACUUCAAUUAAACACCUAAAUUAAUAAUAACACAUUGUACAAAUCACUCUAUUGCCUUCAGUUGGGUUGAGGCCACCUGAUCUGAUCACAGACUCUGUUAAGCUCCUAAACUUCAUUCAUGUUGGGGAACCAAGAAGAGACUCAUCCUCCAGUGUUCACCAACACAGACGUGAUUAUCUCAUCGUUUCAUUAAAACUCAAGUGUCGUGAAUUCAAACCCAGAGCAGAACUUAUCCAUGUUUCCAGCUGUUGAACUAAACUUUGAAUAAUCUUAUGAAGCUAUUGUCUGUUGAACUGAUGUGCAGCUAAAUUUUGUUUUUCAGCAACACAGCAUUAAAAAAAAAAAUAAAUAAAAAUCAUACCGAUGCUAAAACUGCCAGGAUCAAAACUGCAAAUCCACUUGACUUUGUCUUUUUUUUUUAUUAUUAAAUGCUUUGUUGAACUC